AUGCCGAUCAUUAGGGAAAGAGGAAAAUCUUCUCCUGAAGAUCGCCGUCGACGCACCCAGGGGAACUCUCACAACACGAGCCGUGUCAGAGAGGGAGAGACCACUGUCUGUGCCGUAGAUCCAACGACGAGAGAGCCUGUGCCGUUGUCUGCCAACGCUCUUCCUGCUGAUGGCCCGAACUUCAACUUCAGCAUGGAGAACCUGAGUUUUGACUUCAAAGACACGGACAUGAAACGUCUGUCCAUGGAGAUCGAGAAGGAGAAGGUCGAGUAUAUGGAGAAGAGCAAACACCUUCAGGAGCAGCUAAAUGAACUGAAGACCGAGAUUGAGUCAUUAAAGCUAAAGGAGCGAGAAACGCCUCUAGACAUCCUACAUAAUGAGAACACUGAGAAAGGCACCAGCAAGCAGAGCAACUUUAAAAAGCUCACUCUACAAAGCACCAAAUCCAGAGUGGCCUUCUUCCAGGAGCUAUAGCCAUCCAGACACAUGUUUGAAUGUGUAAAUGAUGUUUCUUUGUGUUUUUAUCACAUUCCUAACAGGCUGUGACCCAUUCCUUUAUGAUUCUAGCACAUUCUGGUGAUGAAGAAUGGAUAUGUAGGUAAAGUUUACAUUACACUAAAAGGACCAAGGAGAGAAGCUUUUCAAACCACCCCACAUUCACAUACACAACACACUACACAAUGUUUUCCAAUCAUUUUGUCUGCAGGAGGUCAGAAACCCAUUACGAAGACACUACGGUUAAGCAGUGUACACACAGUGUGACUACAUAUAUCUCUGCACUGCAUCCUAAAUUCAUCUCUCCAGUUGCACAGCCGAUAUCUCUGUCUCUCUCGAUCAAUAUGUGUCAGAAUAAUUGGCUGAAGCAGUGGUAUUGCACCCUCGUGCCGUAUUAGUUUGGGAGUUUUUUUGGGGGGGUCCAGUGUGUAGCUGUUUUGGUCAUUGUUAAAGGUUGGAUUAAACCUAAUUGUUACAGUAUAAGAGUUUACUUCCUUUCAGAGGAUAGUUUAGCACAGGAUAUUUUAGGGAAAGAAAACCCUUAGGGAUCACAUUUGGAAGAUCACUACAUAUGAAAUAUUUGGGAUUUUUUUUGUUACUGUUUAUUCCACUUGAAGUGUUUUACAAUGUUUUAAAUAAUUUGAAUAUAUUUUUGAAAAUGUGUUUGUGCAAAGGAAUAAAUGAAUGGAAAUUAUCUUA